CGAAAAGCUUGAAAGGCAGAAACUGAAAGUAAAGCAUAGGAAACGUAGUAGCGUUAGCAUGUCGUUCAGACUCUCUUGAUUUUGGUUCUACGACAGUUUACCAUUUUAUUUCAGUUGGAUGCUGUUAAUAUAAAGAAUAUGGACCCUGAGAAGUUUCACCGGAUUGACGAGAACCUGACAAGUAAUGAAGUGGCCCAGCUGAAGUUUCUGUGUGCGGACCUAAUUCCUAAAAGACGGAUGGAGACGGUGACCGAUGCCAAAGAACUGUUUCUACGAAUGGAAGAGCAAGCACUGCUCGAUGACAGGUUACUUGUCCCAGAGCUUCUGAUCACUAUUGGACGCCUUGACUUGCUUGGCAUUCUGGGAAUGUCCAAAGUUGAUGUGGAAAGAAAUCUGCUACAGCGUGACCCGUCUAGCAAAGGUGUCUCAGCCUACAGAAAAAUGCUAUUUAGCCUGUCUGAGGACAUGACAGAAGAAAACCUCCGCGCGGUGAAGUUUCUUGUGGAACUUCCAAAGGCAAAAUUAGCAGCGUCUGCUACAUUUCUAGAUAUUAUGAUUGAGAUGGAAAAACUACAGAAGCUUGGGGAAGACAACCUGGGUGAGCUUUAUGACAUUCUAGAAAAAUGUGACAAACAGCUGGCCUGCAGGGUAGAUGACUACAGGCCCCGGGACCAAGGAGGCAGGCUUCCUCUAUCGGAAGUAUCUGGUAACUUUGAAGUUUCAUUUCCUGAUGAAAGAAUGCCAAUAUAUGAAAUGGAGGCAAAAAAUGAAUGGAGGAGAACCUCACUUGUUACAGAUUCAGACACUGAAGCCAGAACUGGGGAUUAUUAUAUUCUUAAUCAGCGACCUCUUGGAUACUGUUUAAUCAUCAAUAACUACAACUUUAAAGGGUCCACAUUGUCCAACCGGCCAGGAACCGAUAAGGACAAAGAGGACCUUAGCAGAGUGUUUGGCAGAAUGCACUUUAAAGUUGAGGUUCAGAACGAUCUGACGGCUUCAGAUAUGAAGGAUGUGAUAAGGCACUUUGCAAACAGGGAUCAUACUCGGAUGGGUGCUUUUGUCUGCUGUGUCCUCUCACACGGAUUGAAGGGCACAGUGUUGGGUGUAGAUGGAAAAGAGGUUGAAAUCAGUGAACUCACAGUGCCUAUUGCUGAAUGCCGUACACUAGCAUCCAAGCCCAAGCUUUUCUUUAUUCAAGCCUGCCAAGGAAAAGAGGGUCAGAAUGGUGUAAUCGCAGCAGAUGCACCAGGAAACGCUACAGUAGAAGACCCAUAUGAAGAAGAUGCGUUUAAUCCUGCAGCCCGCUAUGUUCCUGUAAAAGCUGAUAUGCUCAUUGGAAUGGCCACAGUAGAGCAUUACCAGUCUUUCCGCCACAUUACAGAUGGGUCUAUCUACAUCCAGGAGCUCUGUAAACAGCUGGAGAAAUGCUGCCCCAGAAAAGAGGAUAUCUUGUCCAUCCUGACAAAAGUAAACCAUUACGUGAGUUUGAAAAUCUUGAGGGGUCACAAGCAGAUGCCUGAGCCUCGGUAUACCCUCACCAAGAAGCUGGUACUGCCCAUGGACUGACUUCUGUGUGAUUGGAUUCAUGCUGGAGAAGUUUCCGUUAUUCCAUCACUCAGACUCGAUUAAUCCUUCUGGGAGAAUCGAUGCACUUUGGUACUGUAGGCUCGAAGUGAUCUGGUCUCCCAGUGAGUCUGAUCUUAGUUAUUAAAUAAGAUUUUGAGUUGACGUUUACUGCACUGAGUUAUGGUUGUGUGAUCUUCUUUAGACAAUUCAAUUUAUAAGGAAUAAAACAUUUAUAUUUGAUACUGGGAACAAAUAUUUUUAAACUUGUGUUAAAAAACGCAUGAUGAUUUUGAAAAGGUACCAGCAGUCUAAAUGAUUUCGAUUUAAAGGCUGUUUGUAAAUGCAUAUUGUUGGCAAUAUUGUCUUCCUUGGAAAUCUGAAUGAGCUUAAGUUUUUAAGUUUGAAGUUUAAAGACUUGGAACUUACAAGAAAUCACUGGUGUCUAGAAAAGAGCUACAUUAAAUAUUAAACAUUGUUAACAUUG